AUCAACAUGGAGUAUGCAGAAUUGAAAGUGAAUGUCUGCGAUGGUGCAGACCAGUUUUCUGUAUCAUCAGUAACGUUUGAUGCAUUUGAAGAGCUUGUCUGGGUUGGCAAUCAAGGAGGUCAUGUGACUUCUUACUACAGUAUUGGAUUGGACAAAUACACUGCAUUUCAAGCCCAUCAUGAUGAAGUUAGGCACAUUGCUAGUGUCGAUAGUGGACUUUUGACUGUUUCAGCAAAUACCAUUAAAUUAACUUCAAGACAAGGACUGCAGCAAUCUGUCAUGCAAGGAAGUGAAACAAAUAAGUUGGAAGAGUUACAGUGUGCUGUGAAAUAUGAGAACAACAGUGUUCUGGUUGGAGGUCAUCAGCAUAAACUACUACAAAUUGACAUCAACAAAUGGGAAAUUAGUCAAGAGGUUGAUACAGACGAAGAAACAAUUAUUUUGAGGCAGUCACCUCGUCUCAUCUGUGGUGGAGAUUCGAUGGGAAAGAUUACACUGAGAGACGCAAGAACAUUGCAGAGUGAACAUGUUUUUCAUUGUCAUACUGGAGCUCUUUCUGAUUUUGACAUUUGUGGAAAUUUGCUAGUUAGCUGUGGCUUCUCAUCAAGAUAUGGUCAACUAAGUGCUGACAGGCAUUUAGUUACAUUUGAUUUGAGAGCAAUGAAGACAAUGACACCAGUUGUGGUUCCAAUUGAACCUGCGUUUGUUCGCUUUGUUCCUGCUUUUACUUCAAGGUUAGCUGCAGUAUCUCAAGCUGGACAGCUUGUAUUAUGUGAUCCAAGUUCUGGUGCUCAUGUUUUAUCGAACUCUGUGUUGAUGCCCAUUCUGCUUGAAGGCUUAUUCUGUUUUGCAAUGGAUAUCUCUUCUACAGGGCAGGCUCUUUUCAUUGCAGACUCUACAGGAGUUGUUCAUUUGUUAUCAAGCAAUGACCAGCCAUUCUUCAAUUCAUAUUCAAAUUCAACAAUAUUUGCUGACCCUCCAAUGCCAUUGCCUUAUAUUGACUUUGAUGAUAUGAAUGUUCCACUUUCUGUCGUGCCAUUACCUGUGACCAGUCGUCCUCUAGUUUCAGACUGGCCGGAAUCUCUUAGCAAGAUGAUCAGGCGCCCGCCUCCAAAAGUAGACCCAGAAAUUCUGAAAACAAUGAAGGUUGUUGAUGGAAUUGGUCGAGCUCCAAACGCAGGCAACAGAAGGAGAAACCAAGUCCCUUAUGACAUGAAACCAUUUGUGGAGGAAAGUGAUGAUGAUGAUGAAGAGGACGUUUCAUCACUAAAUGGGGAUUGUUACUUGACUGGCAUACCUAAGAAAUAUUGCAGUGUCGAUAUGAUGAGUAUGGAUGGUGUAGAUUUCUUGCAAGACAAACGCUGUAUUUUUGCUGGUCUGGAAAGAAAUAAUGGUCCCAAUACUUACUGUAAUGCUGUGCUACAGCUUCUAUACUUUGUUGAACCUGUUCGUUGUGUCAUGGAGAGCCAUGUAUGCCACAGAGAGUCAUGCCUUUCUUGUGAACUUGGAUUUCUAUUUAAUGCAUUGGAUUUCACUACCCAGAAAAGCUGUGAGGUGUCUAAUCUGAUUCAAGUGUUUCAAAGUUUACCAGAAGCUGCUGCUCUUGGUCUUGUUCUUUCAGAGAAGAACACAGGCAAACCCAAUUUGGUGAGGCUUAGUCAGAGUUGGAGUCGAUUUAUUCUUCAGCAGAUAAGCAAAGACGCUGAAAGCGAUAACUGUUUGCGUCAGCAAUCUGAAGAAGGAGCACAAGAAUCCAGUAAUCUGUCUGUAAUAGAGAAAAUAUUUAGCAUGGAGUUGGACACUCAAACUCGAUGUCGUUGUGGGAAGAAGAGCAAUAGGUCAUUGACAGCUAUGCAAUUGAUGCUCAACUACCCACGAGCCAGAAAUGGAGAGCUGCUUCAACUGAAUGAAAAAGUACCAUUUUCACACUUGCUGGAGAACAGCUUGCAGAAGGAGCAAACAACACAAGCUUGGUGUGAUCAAUGCAACAAAUACAAAACUCAUUCUCAAACAAGGCAAGUUCAUCGACUUCCAGAUGUGAUGCUUAUCAGUUGUUUGGAUGAUGCAAAAGACUUUCUUUUCUGGAAGAGUCAACAGCAGCUGCGGGAUGCAGACAAUGGAAGUUCAGUUUAUUGGCUUCCUGUCAGCAUUAGAGUUAGUAUGACAGAAAGUGGAGAAUUGAGUGUUCAUGAGGGCAAUGACGGUGAUGAAGAGGAGUCAAGUGUUCAGAAUGAUGGUGUAGUCAUUUUCUAUGAUUUGAUGGCUGUAGUUAGUUAUGUUGAAGCACCAAUGGUUCCUGGUCAUUUGGUAGCCCACAUUCUUCCUAGUAGCAGUCAAUACACAAGAAGACAGGUUGAACCCAUCAGACAAUGGUGGUUAUUCAACGAUCGAGUAGUGUGUGAAUCAGAACAGGAAGAAGUGCUGAAAUUUUCUGAUUGGAGGGUGCCUUGUCACUUGUGUUUCACAAGACGAGAUUUAAAUGAUCACUAUAAUAUGACCGUUCAUCGUGUUACUGAUGUUAGUUUACUUCGACCAGUUGUAGUCAACAAAGCUGCUUCGUCUUCAUCGUCCACGGUCAAACCUCUUCAGUCAGAUGAGGCAUUGUCAGAGGACACCUUAGUUGCCGUUGGCAUUGAGUUUGUUUCUCUUCGUCUGGAUCAGAGUGAAUGUAGUGUCAGUAAAGCAGGAAGACUCUUACCUGCACGUGUUACAAUAAUCAGAGGUGAUGGUUCAUUAGAAGGAGUUUCCUUUAUUGAUGAUUAUAUUGCCCGUUCAGAACAGAAUGUGGAAUUUUUGGCUCAGUUUUGUGGGGUGAAACCUGGAGACCUUGAGCCAGCUGUUUCAAGCAAACCUUUAACUUUAUUGAAAGCUGUCUACCUUAAGCUACGGUGUUUACGAGACUUGGGUGUGAAGUUUAUUGGCUAUGGGUUGCGCAGUGAUUUUCACUUAUUAAACUUUCAGGCAUCUGCACAUUCUCUGCUGGAUAUCUCAGAGCUGUUUCAUCUCUCCGGAGAGAUAAAUGCUCCACUUCGAUUCAUGGCUUGGUAUUUUCUUGGAAUUCACGUGCAGACAACUGGACGGAAUAGUACUGAAGAUGCCCAGACAGCACUUAAGCUCUACCGGAAGUACAGGGAGCUCAAUGAUGAUCCGACAGUCAAUUUUACUGCGGCUGUGCAAAGACUAUAUAAAGCUGGCAGACAAAAUGAUUGGGUUGUUCCAGCGUAAUGAAGACUCAAGCAACAGUGACCAUUGAUAAACAGUAAGUUAUGAUGAGAUGCAAACAGUGAGUGGAGAUUAUAAAAGAUGGCAGAGAUUGCUUUCAUAACCAAUGUGAGCUGGCAGACGUAUAAAUGGUAUAAUUUGAGCUACAUUCCGUUUAGAAAUACUCUCACUACUACAAGCACUCAAAUCCAUACUGAAGUUGUAGAGUUCUUAUUGGAUUCAAACACAACAUUGACUAUUAGAAGUAGUUCAAUUUUGUUGUUGUGUGUGUAUUUCUGUCAGUCUUGAGGCUUCUUCAUAACA